UUAAAAAGCAGCAGAAACGUUGCACUGAGCAGAACAUUCUGGCGGUCGGCACUAUGAAGGGGACACUGCUUGUGCUGGCCUUGCUGGUGACCCAAGAGCUGGGCAUCGAGAUGGUGAAAUCUUGCCCUAUUUUUUAUGUGAUCUUUGGUGCCAUGGCCAUUGGAGAGAAGUUAACGCUGGACGCCAGCCUUGAUCUGGUCAAUGCCACUGAACCAGAAAAAGCAGCCAUGGAAAAAAUCCAGGAUUGCUACAAUGAGAAGGGACUCAAAGCCAAGGCCUUGGAUCUGACUGUCAUGGCUACCAUCACCAUCAGCAAGCAGUGCAUCUCUGAAGCUGUGGUCCCAUUGAAGAAUGUCGUGACCUCGUUGGGGAGAUGAAUCUUUGCCCCAGAUGCCUGAUCUGAGCUCUGUCCUCCUGCUCUGUUCUUCACACCUGAAGCUGGAAUCCCCAUACCUGUCCUCACCUCCUUCAGUCUCUAUCAGGCUGGCUGUAAUAAAAUAACUGCAGCUUAGCUCUGCAUGCCCCAUG